CAACCGCUUUGCUAUUGUCCAAGUGGAAAGAGCCAAGUUUAUUAUGAGGACUAUAUGCUCUAGAGACCUCAGGCAAGGCAGCUCAUAGGAGGCUUUUUCAUAAAACAAGGCUGAGCUCGUAUAAAGGAGGCCAGUUUUGAAGCAGGCGUUGAGCAGUGCACAUCAUCCCACCAUCUAGGCAUCUCCAACCAGCCAUCUACUUACGUAUUUUUUCCAUUUUGGUAAGCCAUUCCGAGCCUUUUCAAUGUAUAAAAUGGAGUAUUCUUACCUCAAUUCCUCUGCCUACGAGUCAUGUAUGGCCGGGAUGGACACCUCAAGUUUGGCUUCGGCAUAUGCCGAUUUCAGUUCGUGCAGCCAAGCCAGCGGGUUUCAGUAUAAUCCUAUAAGGACCACAUUCGGGGCCACAUCAGGAUGCCCAUCCCUGACUCCUGGAUCAUGUAGCCUGGGAACGCUAAGAGAUCACCAGAGCAGCCCCUACGCAGCAGUACCCUACAAGCUUUUCACCGAUCACGGCGGCUUAAAUGAAAAGAGGAAACAGAGGCGCAUCAGGACCACCUUCACAAGCGCACAGCUUAAGGAGCUCGAGAGAGUAUUUGCUGAAACGCACUACCCCGAUAUCUACACGCGAGAGGAGCUGGCGUUGAAAAUUGACCUCACCGAAGCCCGAGUCCAGGUUUGGUUCCAGAAUCGCCGAGCAAAGUUCCGUAAACAGGAAAGAGCAGCGGCAGCGGCGGCAGCAGCGGCCAAAAACGGCUCGUCAGGGAAGAAAUCGGACUCCCGGGACGACGAAAGCAAAGAUUCCAAAGCAACUGACCCAGACAGCACAGGGGGGCCUGGUCCCAACCCCAACCCGACCCCGAGUUGCGGAGGACCCAGCCCCACUGGAGGACAGGGUAACCCCGGGCCCAACGGAGGAGUGGAACAGGUGAAAUCGGCGGCCGCUGGACUUAGUGCUGGAGCGACGGGACAGGGCUGGGCUGCAGCGCCGGGCACAAUCACAUCUAUCCCAGACUCUUUAGGAGGCCCUUUCGCCAGCGUGCUGUCCUCUCUCCAAAGACCAAACGGAACCAAAGCUACGUUAGUUAAAAGCAGCAUGUUCUGAACUCUGCCACGCACUGUGACUCUUACUUAUUCAAACCCUACCUGUCAAGUGGACUCGUACGUGAGGCAGACGCGAAGCGCCGUUGCGGGAGUAGGAAGAGGCGGCGAUUGCGUUUAAAUAAGCGGGCGGCAACUGCGGACUGAUUAGACGCACAGCACAGUCCCUGCUUUUCUGAUUUACUAAUGCGAAUUUUGGGGAGGCAACCAAAUACGCGUGCCCCAGUUUCCACGUGUAAAUUGGUUUGCAGAAGAAAAUCCCGCCGAGGUUCUGUGACUUCGAUUUCCUGUAGUGGUUCACAUAGGUAAAACACCGCAACACCGAUGCUUUGUUUAGGGUUAAAAGUGCGCCGUGAAAAGGUGCAGCGAAGCAUUUCAAUGGAACACUGACAUUCUGACCGUCACUGGAAAAGAGAACAAAUCAAAAUUAUUUGCGUUCUUUUGUUUUGUUAAUGUACUUCUCUUUUUAAGAUUCGUAUUAUUUUCUUUCAGAUGGGUCUUUUCCAAUUUUAGUUGCUUUUGUUUGGUUACUUUUCCCAGAGGCACAAAAGACGUUCGCCACUGUUGACAGGAAUACUUUAAUCUUUUUUGUGUGUCUUUCUACAGCUGUGUUCUGUGACUCAAUGGUAUAGUGUUAAUAUAAGUAUAAAUUGUCUACUAUAGUUGAUUCUAGAUAACGUUUACCCUUGUUGUCUAUAAGUGUCUUGAUGAAGUUUCAAGAGAUCAUCACGGGUUCAGUUACUUUUUUUUGUGUUCAAAUAUACCAAGCUGAAAUAACGGUAUUUAUUUUAUUAUGAUUUGCAUGUCGUCACAUUUUCUUUGUACGACUGAAAUUUCUUGUGAGCAUAAUUUGCUUAAGUCAAGUUCAGGAGUUCAAAUUAUUUAUAUGUAGGUAUAAUGAAUGCUUAUAUUUAAGAGGGAAAUAUUUCUACAUGUGCAUAUAGUUUUCCAAAAGUGUACCAUUAACUUGGUUGUUGAUA